AAUCCCGAAAAAAGAAAAGAAAAAAAGGUCAGUAAGAAAGACAAAAACUACAAGACACAAAAAAAGAGAUCGAAGAUUCACCAUAAUGAUGAUGCAAGACUCAGAAACAUGCUCCAAGAACUCGAAAGAGUACAUAAAACUACAAGGCACAAAAAAAACGGAGACUCACCAAAAAUGAUGACGCAAGGUCCCAUGAGCAUGCUCCAA